AUGAAAACCCUCUCGCCUUGGCGGGCGUCCCUAGUCCCCGAGGCGGUCUGGUUUCUCCGAACUGGGCGAUUUGCCUCGGUUGUGGCCCUGGCGGCCACCCUGCUCCUCCCCUUCCUGCACAGCCCGCUGUGGGUUCGGCAUCGCAGCGCCAGGGGGGGUCUAGCCAUGCUCUUCAACACCAUCAGCUACGCCUUCUUCCUGUGA